GGGGGAGACGCCUCAAUUGGAGUCUGACGCUGCCCGUGAUCAGGCUUUGCAGUGUCUGGAUAUUGACGUCUAUGCAGCGUCCACCCUCUCAGCCGUGCCGGCCCGCGUCCGUUCCGUCGAGGCAAUGCUGCGCCAGUGGGGCCAGGGGCCGCGGCCCCUCGCAGCGACCAAAGUGCGUGCGCUUGGGGCGACGCUGAAGGCGGGCAAGUACCGUUCGGCAUCCAUGUGCUUAUCGACGUGCCAGGUGGAAGCCGAGCGCUGGGGCUGCCAUCUUACAGGCGGCACGAUGCAUGUGCUCAAAGACGCCACGCGGUCGUGCAAUCGAGGUCUUGGGCCCCCUGUCUGGGCCAUUCCGUUCGCUCUCGCGGACUUCGAGCGCCUGCCAGGCAACGGCGAUCCUUGGGUCAGGCGUGGGCGGGUUGGUCCGCGGAACUGCUUCGCGGCGGGCGCGUGGCGGUUGGCGCGGGAAGAAGAACUCAGCGCGACGCGCGCUUGCGUGGUGCGCUUGUGGGGCGACGGGGCUGAUUUGGUUGCGUCGUGGCGUUUGCCGGCCUCUAAGAUAGACUCGGCCGCCUUCGGCGCAGCCCGGUCUCACGGGCGCUGCCGCGGCGAGUCUCUCGGCGUGGCGACGUGUCCGGCCCGCGUCGUGUUGGCGCAAAUUAGCGCGCUGAGGCAGUUGCCCCCGCUGCGGUUCUCCCGGGACGGGGGCCACGCGUGCACUGGGGGCGCCAUGGUCGCGCGCAUCGCCGCGGCGGCGGACAUUCUCUAUCUGCGCGGUGCUGGGGCGGACGGCGUGCAUCGUUGGACUGGCCAUUCUUUGCGCGUCGCAGGCGCGCAGUUCUUGGCUGGCGCGGGGCUUGGCGCGUUGGCGAUGCAGCUCCUCAGAAGAUGGGGGUCGGAUGCCGUCCUGGGGCACAUCUGGGGCGCCUCGCUGGCGUCGUCGAGCACGUGGGCCCGGCAAGCUGCGCGAGGCCAGGUCUCCGCCGUGGACAACGUCGUCCGCGCG